AUGCCUGCUCCCGCACCGCCGGUGGUGUCGGUGCCGGCGGUGCCGCCGGCAGCACCAGUGCCAGCGGCCACGGCAGCCCCAGUGCUGGCGCCAGCGCCUGGCAGCGAUGGGGAUCCGGAGAUCAUUUGGCAUCCUGGAUCCAAAGUUGAAAUUGAAGGGUACAGCCUGGCUCCACGAGAACCUAAGACGGCAGACAUCGAUCUGGUCAUAGCUGCCUUUUCUGAAGACCUCAGUUGGAUCGAUGAGAUGAUGGCCCCUGUGGCCUCCAGCUAUGCCCUGCGACUGUAUUGCAAAGGCGAUCGGUUGCAGGAUCCUCGGUGUUUGCGGAUCCACAACUUUGGUGGAGAGGAAUAUGCGUACCUGACGCACAUCACCCACUUCUACGAUGAGCUGGCACCCAUCAGCGUUUUUACCCUGGGAUCCAUCUACGACAACGGCUGGCACUGGUUGAAGUGUCGUAAGCUGAACUUCGUCCUGAGCUACCUGGAUAGCCCGGAGAAGCGUCAGAGCUUCUCGGGUUUUGCCACCAUGGCGCACCAGAAGCCUGACAGUUUCAUGGAGUUUGAAGGACGGACCUCUAGGGAUCGCUACCGCAACCACGCUGGUGGCACUGUCACGGACUCCUGUAGGGCCAGCGUGAGGCCCUUGGAGAAGUGGUUCGAAACCUUCAUUUACAACGUGUCCUUGAAGAAAGCUCGGCACACGGGUGUCUUGUACAAUCCCAUCUUCGCGGUGUCGCGAGAACGGAUCCGGCAAUAUCCCAAGUCGAUGUACGAACGGCUGCUGCGUGAGAUUUUGCGAUGCACUUCCAAAGCACAUGAAGGCGUUGCAGAAGCAGGGCAUUACCUGGAAAGAGCGUGGAAACCCAUGUUUGAGCGCCUCGGUAAAGUGAUGGAGUGGUGUUGGGACCUUGGGACCGCUGGUAGGAGUGACAUGCCCGAUGCGAUCAAGUGCUCUGGGCACUUCGGGCAAAAGAAAGGGGAUGAGGUGUGCUGCAACCAGUCCACACCCUCCAAGCCAGUGCGGAUCGAACUGCCAUGGACCAUUUGCGCCCUGGCAAUCGAGGUCGUGAGGGCCGGCCCCUUUGCUCGGGGAUGGUGGAUGGCUCAGGUGGACCUUUGUCCUGAAAGCAUCCGCAAAUCUGCGAGUGCCUUGGGAGAAUUUCUGGGGUUCGCUGCGCAAAAAAAAGCGUGCGCCGAUGUUCAAGAGGUUCUGGUGUGGUUUGACCGGAGGAUGGUCCUGAACUUCUCUGUGGCGGUGACACAAGACAUUUUCCGCAAGGGGCAAUUUCUAUGGCGACAGCGGAUUGCCAAGGAACGAGCACACUUCAGCCCCAACAAGCGAGAGAACUUCUCGGUGCGAAGUGCUCUGAGGGUCUUGGAUGUGCCAUCAAAGUUCAAACCUGGACACAUCGAUCCGCACGCGAAGGGACAGGUUCAAGGCCUCGAUGCUGCCACGGAGCGCUCCUUGCGCGCCGAUGUGGCAGCAAAAUUGAGGGCCCCCAAUGAACAACUGAUGUGGCCUGAGACAGAGCAGCAUCAGGUGGGAUGGCAUGCCAAAGCCAGUGGUCCAGGUGGCCUUCCCUACGAGGAGCGCGGCACGAUGUUCGGCCUGGCGCCACGGCUGGGCCUCGGCUGGCGCGGCGAGAAGACGGCCGGGGACCACGCCAAAGCAAGCGGCUCGGUGCAGACUCCGCGGUCCUUUGACGUGAUCUCGGCCCGGAAAGACGACCUGAUUUCCAAGUGGCUGGGCACCCGGAAAGAUGACCUCCAGCGGAGCGGCCUGGACGCCGCGGCUGCCAUGGAGGGCCCGGCGCCGGAGGUGGCAGGAAGGUCGACUCGGGAGAUCCAGCAACGCUGGCGUCAGCUUCAACAGAACUGGGAGCACCAGAAACGCCAGCGUCGCGAGCGGCGGCGCCAGAAGUUCGCGGCGAAGCCGCCGGCGCCCGCCGCGGAGGCGGCGCCGGCAAAGGCGGCGGCCGAAACGGCCGUGGUGCGAAAGGUGGACUUUAGCCUCGACAAGAGCAACAUCUUCGCGCCUGCAGCCUGUGCGGGGCUCCGUUCAGCGCUGCCACAGGGGCCUUCCGAGGAUGCCUGGCGAGGUGUAGGAGUGGUUCCAAGGCCCGACAGCCAGCAGGAGCGUCAAGUGGCGCAAGCAGCUGAGCGUAAUCGAAACUUCAUGAAUCGACCAGGGAAUCCUUGGUUCAAACCCAAAGGUAGUUCAGAUGUGGUGGCCUUUGGUAACGCCUACGCCAAGUCAUUUGGCUACAGCGUCUUCAGCAAAGCUUCCGUUCCUGGCACAGGGGCGCCUCAGGCAGCCGGACAUGAGGUCUGCAAUCUCUAUCACAUUUCCAUUGAACAGAAAUACGAAGGACACAAUUCCAACAAGUAUCUGUGGAGUGGGUCCUCCACCCGGGUCCGAUGGGAGGUGCAACGCGCGGCAGCUGGUUUGGAAAGUGAUGCCCUGUGGGGGUUGCGCUUGGCCGCCAAGGAUGUGAAAGAUGUCCAUCCAGCCACCGCGAAAGGUUUGGCCGCCAUUGGCGUGAAGGCCACGGUCAAAGCACUGGAGAAGGAGCAGGCUUCGGUGGUCUUCGUGUGCGAAGGCGUGCCGACGGUUCUCAUGCAGCAUUUGCCAGUGAUCUGUGCCCUGAAGAAGGUUCCCAUCGCAGUGCUUGCCGCGGCGCCUCAGACAUUGGGCAGCGCUGCAGCACCCUUUAGGCCCAAGCAGAAGGACCUUCAAGCCACCGCCGUAGCCUUGCUAAAGGGCUGUCGGCAGAUCCCGCGCUUGGCAGAGCUGUGCCAGCGUUUGGAGGCGUCCUUGCCCCCGGUGAGAGUGCCCUUCCUCCGCACGGCAGGAGAUGCCCUGGAGCCUGAGGCAGAGAUGCCCGAGAUGCCCAGCCCACCCGAGGAUUUUCAGGCAGCCGUUCCGGAAGAGUUCAUCCAACUUGAGCCGCAACUUAAGCCGGAGGCCUUCAAAGGUAGAGCGAAAGGCAAAGGCUGGGGGAAGAGCAAGGCACCGAAGACAGCGGAGCCACAAAAAUCGAGUGGCUUUAAACGGGCCAGAGCUGCGUUACAAGGUGUUGCCUCGCAGCCGCCUGCCACAGAGGAGGCGACGCAGGUCCAGGUGGAAGCUCCGGAAGACGAGACGCCGGCGAAGGCUGCAAGUUCUCCGGCAGCCAGGGAAAACGCAGAGGUGUGGAGGCCUCAGAGAUGUGAACGUUUACCCAUAGAUGAGCCAGUUUUUUUCGCCAAGCAGGAGACGUCCAUGACGAUCUUCGAUUUCUUUGACGGCAUGGACGGUUGA